AUGGCAAACGACGUAGCAGCGAAUUCUCGGACAGGAAGCAUGAAAGUGUGCAUGUUCCUUAAGAGGAAGAAUGGUAUGAGCCAUGAUGAGUUCAACCAGUACUGGACAGAAAAGCACUCUCCACUGAUACAAGACUGGCUGCCUAAACACGGGAUCUCGAGAGACACUCAGUUUCAUACGUCACCGUCCUUCCAACAGCAAUGUAUCUCCAAAGUCGCUGACUUGCAACACAUGAAACCGCUCGAUUACGAUGGGAUAGUAGAGAUGGUCAUGCCGGACGUCCAGUGCCUGGCAAAUGCACGAAAAGACCAACUCUACCAAAAUACGGUUCGUCCUAGCGAGGAGAAAUUCAUUGAGGUGUCCCAAACCCAAUAUAUGGUGGGUUGGCAAGAGACCAUUGUUCACAAAGGGAGAGCUGUAGGUGAUGCGAAGAGCCACUACUUUGAUAAUGCGGACCAUGGUGGUGACGAAGGCGUGGGGGUCGAACACGCAAGAGAUGAUGUUUGA